AUGUCCUCACAGGACGGAAGCGCGGACAUUGGAGAGCUUUCUUCGACACAACAAGAAGCUCUUCAGACGUAUAUGAAUGUCACCGGUCAGGAACCAGAUGCCGCUGUUCCAUUACUGCAACGAUCACAAUGGAAUGUUCAGAUUGCAAUCUCCAAAUUCUUCGACGGUGAAGGCCCGGAUCCCGUCGAAGAAGCCCGCGCCGCAUUGAAUGCACCACAAGAGAUCCGCCGCACACAGAACCUCAUGUACGACAUUGACGAUCUGCCUCCGCGUGCCUCCUCAUCGACAUCGUCAUCUCGACCCGGCGGACUUGAACCUGCGCCUCGCAUUGACACUCAGCCGGAGGAUCAGCCGGCAUUUCGACCACCAUUUAUUUUGAGUUUACUCUUUUCUCCUCUUAAUCUUCUUUACCGUUUACUAUACAACUCGUUCCGGCUAUUUGGGACAUUGUUCCCUUUCCUACCACGAUGGCUGAACAUCACGACGAGUUCAUCCCCGCUGCAACAACGAAAUUUCACUACCAGUGGUCGAAGAGCGUUGGCACCGAAAGAUACCGCUGCUAGAUUUAUACGAGAGUUUGAGGAGGAAUACGGCAGUCAUUCUCUACCAUUUCUCGAGAAUGGAUACAACAUGGCGUUGGAAAAGGCGCAUCAAGAAUUGAAGUUCCUCGUCGUUGUGCUCCUGUCACCGGAACAUGACGAAACGAAUACCUGGGUUAGGGAGACCCUACUAUUCAGACAGGUAGUCGAAUACAUCAACGAUCCAAACAAUCAAAUCCUACUAUGGGGAGGUAACGUUCAAGACUCUGAAGCUUAUCAGGUUGCAAACUCACUCCGCUGCACUAAAUUCCCCUUCGCCUCCGUGAUCGUGCACACGCCCAACGCCGGCUCAAAUGCUAUGUCCAUCAUCGGCCGAAUACCGGGGAACACAAACCCAUCCGAAUUCCUCACAAAACUACGUACCGCAAUCUCCCAAAACAAAGAACCACUCGACCGUGUCCGAGCCCGGCGCACAGAACAACAAGCUUCACGCACCCUACGCCAAGAACAGGACUCCGCCUACGAACGUUCCCUAGCCCAAGACCGUGAACGAGCUCGCCAAAGACGCGAAGCGGAAGCCGCCCGACAACGCGCUGAAGAAGAAGCAGCUGCCCGUCUAGCGGCCGCAGAAAAACGAGCCGCCGAUCUCCAACAAUGGAAACGCUGGCGUGCGCAGAAUCUUGGCCCAGAACCUGCUGAAGAUAACACGAAUGCGAUCAGGGUUAGUAUUCGAUUACCUUCUGGAGAGCGCGUGAUUCGAAAGUUUGCCCCCGACGCGGAUUUGGAGGAAGUUUAUGCUUUUGUGGAAUGCUAUGAGGUUUUGACCGGUGGUGAAGGUGAUGAGGAUGAGAAGGAAGCUACAGCGACAGAACCGGUUGGAUUCGAGCAUAAAUAUGGUUUCCGUCUUGUCUCGCCCAUGCCCCGAACAGUCUAUGAAGUCGAAGCUGGCGGCUCAGUGCGAGAGCGGAUUGGCCGUGGAGGGAAUUUAUUAGUUGAAAUGAUCGAUGAUGAAGAUGAGGACUCAGAAGGAGAAAAUGGGGAUGUGGAUAAUGAAAAUUUAUAG